AUGUCCCACCCUGAUCAACAGUCCAAUAACACUCACCUAUUCCAAUCUCAAGAAAUAGGUGCCGUCCUGGUUUCGAACCUGCGCAAACAGGUUAUGAGCCCUGCCAAUGCAACCGACCUUAUUCCCAUUGAACUACUUGGUGUCCAAAACUAUGAUAUGUGGUAUCAUUACUUUAUGCAAGUAGUUGGUGAAGCCAGUCACAUUUGGUCAGAAUAUGUUGAAACUGGAGAUAUUAAAUCCGUUAGAAUUGAAUAUGGAUUACCUGAUAUUCAAAUCAAGUCUAUGAAAAUAAUCUUAGACACUAAUCUUGUUUCUCUUAUCAAAAAGAAUGUUUCUAAAGAUAUUGAGAAAAAGAUUAGAAACUCCUUCCUGAUGACUAAAAGAUCUGGUCCAACAGGAUUGUUACUUUUAGAGUACUUAAAAAAGAAGUAUGGUAGGAAAUGUGUUAAGUCCACCAUGCCUAUUUUUUCUGAAGUCAACUCCGCCUCCUCCAAACCUUUAGAUGAAAGAGGAGACUGGGCAAUAAAAUUUGUCAACACCAUGUUCAACUGUAGUGAUGAACUUGACAUCAAUAAUUUUUUCGACGAUCCUGCUAUUAAAUCUGCCGUUAGUGCUUAUCACGAGAAACUACAGGACGCCAUCGCUGCUCUGUUGUUGAUGGCUAUUACUCCAGAAUUAAAGCAAAAAUUUAAUGAUUUUUAUGGAUCGAGAACUACUAUUUCUUAUCAUGAAGUAGAAGAUAUGGUAGAGGAUCUGAAGACUACCAAACCUUCAAAUGUUUCUGCUAACGUAGCUGCCUUUGUUGCUCAGAAGAAGAGAUUCUACAACAACAACAACAACAAUAAUAAUAAUAAUAAUUACAAUCAAAAGAAGAAGAUUGUUUGCAAAGUCUGCAAAGCUUCUCACAAUGUUGAAAAUUGUCCUGAGAUUCAAAAAUUCUUAAGUAAGAACAAUUAUUCAAAGAAAACCGGCUCAUCGAAUAAUGAUGACUGGAAUGCUGGUAUGGUAAGCUAUAAUCAAAAUAGUUCUGAUUCCGGUGAAACUAUCUGGAUGGCUGUUGAUAUUGAAGGCAAUUGUUUCAAUGCAAGCCUCCCAGCUCCAGGCUCUUUCACUGAGAAAGAUAAGUCCACCUGGCUUUUGGACACUGGUUGUACUUCACAUUUGUGUUGUGACUUACAACUAUUUGAAAAUUUCAAUCCUUCCCGUAACACUAACAACAUUAGCGGUGUUGCAGGAAGUGUAGCCAUACAUGGUUAUGGUGAUGUUGUUAUUGAAGGGAUUAGACUAGUUCAUGUGGCCUAUGUUCCCGACUUACCAGUUAAUCUGAUUUCGGUCCGUCAAGCAACUGAAGCCAGUGGUUGUAAGUUUACCUUUAGUAAUUCCUCUGUUUUUAUAUCAUCGCCUUCUACUCCUCUAAAGAAGAUCGGAAGCGUUUAUAAAAGGUUAUAUGUCUUUGAUACUUCCAUUAAUGAUGACAAAGAUACUGAACUAUCGUUUGUUGCAGGAAGUGACCCUAUGCUAUCCACAACAAUUCAACCUGUCUCAGAGAGUGUUCGCUGGCAUAGUCGCUUUGGACAUCCUGGUAUUGAAGCAUACAAUUGUCUGGCCAAAACUCUGUCUCUUCCUCGAAUGAACCCCGAUACUGUUACAGUUUGUCCUACCUGCUCUUUAGGAAAAGGUCUUAUUAAGAAGGGGACUAACUCUAGAACUAAAUAUACCAGUCCACUUCAACUC